GAAAGCAGAAAUCUUUGAUAAUUUUUGACCUUACACUGUGAAUUGUAUUUCAUGUUUUGUGACAUUCCAACAUCUCAAAUAGACUUUUUUUAAUAGGAUCUGGAACACCGUCAGCUGCCUCUAAUCAGUCCCCAAUGCCUCCAGGAUCCACUCCCCCUCCUCACCAGCCAAUUGGUCUUGCCCAAGCACAGACAAACAACAGCAACAACAAGACAGAUGCUUUCACACAGCAGCUUCAUAGGCUGGUGGAUAACUGGGCAGAAGGGGUGAGGGCUCCUUCACGCUCACCCUCCCUCAGUCUAAGACCACAGCAACUGACCAGAUCCAGGAUCUGGAGCGCUAUAGAGGUUCCAAUUUCAAUAGAAAGAUUGAAUGCUUCUCAGCUGUCUCUAUCAUGGCCACAGAUAGAUUUCCAUGCCUCUGUGAUGCCGACUGACACUUCACAAGUACUCCAGCGCAGUUUUAUGGUGGCUGGUAACCCUUACGGAAAGAUGUUGGGCGCUCCACACUUAGACAUGGACCACUGGCCAGCAAUGACUGCCAUUCAUAACCAAGAAGUCUUUGCUUUCACUGCUGUGCACUCCCCCUCUUGGACAGUACCUUCUUCCCCCAGCGAGGUUCCUAAUUCUAGAAAUAGGACCAUGUAGCUUCACAAUCACUGUACUUAUACUUUUUACUCUGUUGCCAAAAAUACUUCAGAGUUUCUUUAGAGUGCUAGUUAGGCCUAGCAUUGUGCAAUUCUGUUGCAGUUGUUAGCAUGUAGUUGCUUACAAUGUAGUAAUCCCUCAUGAACAUAUAAAUACUCAGGCCAACAAUGUAGGCAUAUCAUCUGUAGUGUACAUUCAGUAUUAUUGUACAUAUUCAUAAAGCCUAUGUAGCAUAACUGAAUUUUAGCAUAGGCAUAUGUACAGAAUGUAUAUUUUUCAUCAAAAUAUAUUUAGCUUGCUAGUGAGAGAAUCUUCCUUCACACCUUGAGCUGUACACAUAUGUAAAUGCUAUAAGGUACAGUAAGAUGCUCUUAAAUUUGUGUAGAUGUGUAUAGAUACCGUUUAUACUU